AUGGAUACGUGGGGUAGUUUUAGUUUAACAUUGAUCGAUUCGCUGGAUACGCUGCUCAUUAUGGGGAAUGAAACGGAGUUUAUGCGUGCGGCUGAUAUCGUCCUUGAUAUCAUCAAGGUGGACUUAAACGUGAACGUGUCUGUAUUCGAAACCAAUAUACGGGUUAUUGGAGGCUUACUCAGUGCGCAUAUGCUUUCUGGGCGUGUUCGUGGGAUGCGCUUGGAGUCCGGUUGGCCGUGCUCUGGGCCUUUCUUGAGAUUAGCGGAACGGUUUGCUCAGAAACUAUUGCCAGCUUUCAAAUCAGCAACAGGAAUGCCAUAUGGAACGAUCAAUUUAAAGUGA